AAAGGCAUCAGGAUGGGUACACGAAUAGGCAGGGUUUGGAGGGAUGUGGGCCAAGUGCUGGCAAGAGGGGCCAGAUUAGUCUGGGAUGACCGGUCGGUAAGGGCGAGUUGGACCGAAAGCUCCGUUCCCCUGCUGCCCAUCUCUCUGGCUCGAUGGUGUUGCCAUUCUCCAGCGUUCCGUUUCCGUCCCACAAUGCCGAGCGCGAGCGGAGCCAAAGAUGGCGGCUGGUGAAAGUGCCCUAUCUCCGCAGCUGGUGGUGGCGAAGCGCUGGGACAUGGCGGAGGCCGGGGCCGGGAGCUCGGAGCCCGACCCGGACGAGCAGGAGGAAGACGGGGACGGGCGGCUGAAUGUCAGCUCGCCGCGUUUCGACCCGUACCUGGCGCUGUACAGCAGCCCGCCGCCGCCGCUGCCUUUCCCCAACGUGCGCACCUUCAACAACAUCGCCGAGUACCAGAGCUUCCUGAGGCGGCGGCCGCGGGAACGUGAGCCCGGGGACCCGGCCCCGGCCCAGGUCCAGGCCCGCGGGCGCCGCCGCACCGCCGCCAGGCCUCCCCCGGACCCCGACAGGAUCGAGCGCCUCAAGAAGCUGAUGGUGGCCGAGCAGGGCAGCGAGGAGAGGCCCAGGCCCCUCAGGAGGGAGCGGGCCCCGAAGAAUGUGCUGACCCGGAUGUCCCUACAUGAAGGCAGCCCACUGGGUGAAUUGUAUCGUUGCGUUCAGGACAGGAUAAAGGUCAAUGUCCACAUUCGGACUUUCAAAGGACUGCGGGGCGUCUGUUCAGGAUUUUUGGUGACCUUCGACAAGUUCUGGAACAUGGCACUCGUGGAUGUGGAUGAGACCUUCAGGAAACCUAUCCUUGGGAAAGCCUUUUACAGUGAACCAGUAUUAACUGUUGGCAGACUUUUUAAUCGGCUGAAACUACAAGAAAGAUCUGCAGAUGAGGAGCCAGGUGCCACAUCGACAGAACAAACAGGAUAUUUACCCAAAAGGUUUGAGGGUACUAAUGCUGAACAGGAUGACAGCAAAACUCUGACAUGUGGACUUACACAGGUAACCUCAGAUAUCUUAAACCCCUCUGCAGAGAGUGAAGGAGGAGACCUUGAUCGAUCAAAGGGAGACACCAAACAACCAAGCUUGAAGCUCAGGACACUGACAGGAGGAAAACAGAAACGGAAAAAGAAAUCCUUACCCAGGGUGGAUUAUCAGCAGGUUUCUCAAAGACAUGUUAAUCAACUUUUCAUCCGGGGAGAGAAUGUCUUACUGAUCAGUUUUGUGCAAUGAUAGCUGUCACUGGAACAGCACAUUGAACUUUUCCAGAGUAUGACACCAACAAAGUAGAGGCAGUAAACAUACUAUUUACUUUGCAGAAAGUUUCCAACUACUUGAAACUCCAGCUUUCUGAUAAAAAGGAAUGAUCUGAAUUAGUGUUUGAACAGUUUUUUUUUUAAAGAAGUUGGUAAGCUUCAGCUUUGGUUCACUGUUUUGCUGCCUAUAAUUUAACAUUGAAUUGCUAUGCUCCAGUAAAUAUUUCAUUUCAAAACUUUAACGAAUGGAGUUGUGUUUAGUGCCCCUGGCUAUGUGUGCUGUUAACGAAGGUCACAAUAGUUCAAACCAGAAACAGCAUUUUAGCAAUGUGGGUCUGAUAUUUCCUGCACAACACUUAUUUAUGUGUAAAUGAAUAAGUUUGUAUGUUAAUUUAUCUGACUGAGGAAGCUGACCCUAGUAGAUGGUUACAGGAUAAUAUUUGUCAAAUGCAGAAUGAUUUCUGAAGGACGACAGUUCUGGAGAAAAUACUUAAUUUCCCAACCAAUGUUUUGUCGGUUAUUUUUCUGUCUAAUGUACAGAACCUGGAAGUUCAGGAAUUUCCCAAGAAUUAGUAAUUAAGAGGAGUAACGAAGGAGGCUGUAUAUUCCAGUAUGAAGAAAGCUGAUGGCCCCUAGAGCAUCCUGUCUUAACAAUGACUUUUCAAUUACAUGCAUUGGG